AUCAUAAUAAAAUAAUUACAGUAUUUAAUGAAUGCUAUUGUGAGGCGUUAUUAAGCAAUAGGUUAUGAAUUUGUUAAUGAAAUCAAUGAAUGUAUGACUCGAAAGACACUUAUGAUUGCAUUGAAUACUGUAUUCAAUAUUAUAGUCAAUUGAAUGACAUUUCAAUACAAACUCUAUUUAUUUGGUUUAUAAUAUUGUUGUAAAUAUAUGUCAAAUCAAUGCAAUCAAUGAGUUAAUACAUAAGACAUCUAAAUAUAUAUUGAUUUAAUGCAUUUAAUUAUGAUUUGUCAAUAAUCACUACAUUUAUAAUACUAAACAUUAAGACAAACCACUUGUUAUACCAUUAAGUGAUUAAUUGAUUGAUUUGUCAUCACUUAUAAACAAUGGCUUACAAUGAGAGAGUGGAUCCCGAAUUGAUAUUUACAAAACAAGAGCGCAUAGGAAAAGGAUCUUUUGGUGAAGUGUUUAAAGGAGUGGACAAUCGGACACAACAAGUGGUGGCCAUUAAGAUAAUAGAUUUAGAAGAAGCCGAGGAUGAAAUAGAAGACAUUCAACAAGAAAUAAUGGUUUUGUCACAAUGUGACAGUCUUUAUGUCACCAAAUACUUUGGAUCUUAUCUUAAGGGAACUAAACUAUGGAUAAUAAUGGAAUAUUUGGGCGGCGGAUCAGCUCUGGAUCUGAUGAAAGCCGGACACUUCGAGGAAAUGCAUAUUGCAGUCAUUCUUCGAGAAGUACUUAAAGGAUUGGAUUAUUUACACUCCGAACGCAAACUUCAUCGAGACAUCAAAGCUGCCAAUGUGUUGUUGUCUGAAAUGGGUGAUGUGAAGUUAGCUGACUUUGGAGUGGCCGGUCAACUAACCAAUACAACCAGCAAAAGAAGUACUUUUGUAGGAACACCCUUCUGGAUGGCCCCCGAAGUCAUCAAACAGUCAGCUUAUGAUUCAAAGGCCGAUAUUUGGUCACUCGGAAUAACAGCCAUUGAGUUGGCCAAAGGAGAGCCUCCAAACUCUGAUUUACAUCCAAUGCGUGUCUUAUUUUUAAUACCGAAGAAUAAUCCGCCACAACUUACAGGCAAUUAUAGCAAACAAUUCAAAGAAUUUGUUGAAUCGUGUCUUAACAAAGAUCCUGAAAAUCGACCGUCGGCUAAGGAGUUAUUAAAAUUUCCUUUUAUUCGGAAGGCAAAGAAAAAUUCAUAUUUAGUUGAUUUAAUUGAGAGAUAUAAACGUUGGAAAGCAGCCGGUGGUGGACACAGUGAUAGUGACUCUGAAGCUUCAGAUUCUGAUGAGUCAAAAGGGACGUCUAGUGUUGAUAGUUUAAUAUGGGAUUUAACGAUUAGACCACAACAUAAUCCACAGGCUCUCAACAAAUUAUAUGGAGAACCAAAUGCUGAUAAUAAACCCAAACAAAGUGAUGAAAUUGUGUUAACAUGUGAUACAAACAAAUUGUCUACAAUUCCUAAAAAAACAGGUCAUACUAACGGUGAUUAUAAGAUUGUAUCAGACGUGACAACAUCUAAAACAUCCCAAUUGAAAGGUUCGGGAGAUAAACAAAUGAACAAUGAAUCGAAAACUUCAAAAACUUCAUAUAAUAAUAAUAAUCGUCCGGAAAAUGAUAGUUUAGAAAGCAAUCAGAUUAACGAUUACAAGAGUAAAACAAAUUCCUCUGAAUUAAGAGAUCGUGACAUAAGGUUAUCGAGUCAUACGAAUAAUUCUGCAAAUGCUUCUCGAAUACCGAAGAGUCGUAACAAUAGUGAUAAAGAAAGUUCAAUCAGUAGUACCGGUAAAUCGGUUCCCAAUUCAAUGCCAAACUCACACUUAACUCAAAGCACUAUUAUUCCGGUUCUUAAUGAGAUUGCUCAGCGCUAUAAGCGAAAGAGUGUCGAUUAUCACAACUCACGAGUUAAUGCCAUUGAAGAUGUAAAGCAUGCGUUUGAGAGCGCAGAGAGUUUGUGUCCCGGAAUCAGCGACUAUUUCAUCAAAGAGAUUGUGGUUAACCUGACUGGUCGGUCACUGGUGAGUCAAGUGCCUCAACAGCAUCAUCAUCAUCACCAUCACUAUCAGCAACAUUCACAACACUCAUCACAUUAUCACCAAAGCCAGAACCAGAGGAAUAGCGCGAAUCCUGUAUUUACUCGUCACACGCGACACCCAAUUGAGUGAAUAAUAAUUUUAGAAAAACUGAUUGAUUUACUUCUAAUUAAUGAUUAAAUAUAUGGCAACUAUUUUUGAUGAAUUUGUUUGCCGCUAUUUC